GCGUAGGUGGGCCCCAUGUACAGGGCCGUAGAAAGAACACCACAAACAAACAAGAUGGCGGAUGACAUUGAAGGUUGGAGCAAUCUGCCUGAGAUACUAAAAAGAUUGUCAUCAACCACUUCUUCAUCUAGUGAUGAAGCUUGGAAGAAGAAUUUUUUCAAGAUAUGCUACGUUAUCACUACAUCUGAAGAGAAGAUUUUAUCUGUUGACAAUGGUGAAGAGGAAAGCAAGUUUAUUUCUCAAGUGAUAGGAUUAUCAGCAAAUUUGGUGGCUGUAGUUGGAGAUUCGUUUUAUAAGGGUGAAGCUAUUGUAAAAAAGACAUACAGAGUUAUUCUUCUCUACUGUCUGAAUCAUUUGAAAAAUGGAACAUCUGGUUUGUUACUGUCUCAAUUUCAGUUGUUGCAAAUUGCAGAAGGAUUGUUAAAGUUUCAUGCCUGCUUUUCAAAAGACGAGUUGGUGGCUCUUCAAUGUAAGGAAUUAGAUGUUCCAUCUACUUUCAGAGACAUUAAAGUUGAUCUGCCACCAGCACCUUGUGAUAUAAAAGAUCUGUAUCAAGCAUUCAUGCCACCAAAAACACCUGCAAGCUUUCUCUUGCAAGACAGCCUUGGUGAAUCUUCCAGUUUUAAAGAAUUCAUAAGUGAAAUGUUGCGUGAAGGUAAAAACUUGGGAACUUUGUUAUCUGGAAUGACAAAAAUGGAAUGUAUAAAUGAGAUGGCAUCAAACUAUGACAAAGUGUUCAACACUAACUACACAUCUGUAAAAAUCAUAAUUGAAAGGUUAUCAGAGCUUUCAGAAGAAUUAAACUUGACACGGGAAUUUAUCACAAUGCAAAUAAUGGAAUCACUGACAAAUGACAGUUUAAACAUUCUUUUUCAACUUGUUGAAAGUUGUUUAAAAGCAGCCUUGUUUGUGGCAUCUGGUUACUACACUGUUGAUAAAACUGAAGUUUCCUUGCUAAAUGGGACUACCUUGAGCUCGGAGGACUUUUGUAGGAAAUUUGGUUGGAAAGCAACAGAGCACAGUUUGGCAAUCUUCGACAAUGUAUCUUCAAUCUUAUCCAUGUCGCCAAGACUAGACAAUUAUAUCAGUCGAAACUUAGAAGUCAAAACAGUUGUGAUCAUAUUAAAUAGCUUAAAGUGCAUGAUUAAUGUUGAUUUUAAAACAAAAAAAGAUGAAGUUAAUUCCAACUGGAAAUGGUUUGAAGGUUUAAACAUUAUGCUAGUCACCAUGACGUCUCGCGUCAUUCUGUUACUGUCAAAUCUUGCUGACGAAUUGAAAAUAGAAGCAACUGGAGAUUCUAUUAUUUCUACAAAACAGGAAACUUUUGAUGUUUUUGCAAAGACUGGAGCUGUGCAGCGACUUCAAUUCAUAUUAACAUUAAUUCCUAUUCCAGAGUUAUUGCUUGACCUUUUCUUUGCUGCAAAUGAAAAAGGAAUUGUGUUAUCAAAGCUUGCGAAUCAGUUGGAGACAGAAGAAAGUAUUGAUAAAUCAGGAAAAAAUAAGAAGACUGAUAAUAGCAGUGAAGAAGAAAGUUCUGCAGAGGAAGGCUCAAUGCUUGGAAAUUUCUUUGUACAGUCGAUCUCUGAUCCAGACAAAACCUUAGAUGAUACUUCCAGUGAAAUGAAGAAAGAAGAUGCAUUUGCCCAGUCUGGUGAAAUUUUCACGUUGCUUGCUGGCAGUUUAUUGGAUUUUACUAUCAAGUUCUUUCCUAUCUGCAGCACAAGUGGUUUUAAGGAGACGAUAACAUCCGCAUUUUCUGAGCAAAAAAUAACAAAACUAGCCAAUCUCCUGAAAGAAAGUGACAACGAGAAGAAUGAGGUUGUUGCACAUGUCACAAAAAUGCUUUGUACUAUCAUUACAGAUAAAGAUCUUGAUGAUACCAACUUGAAGAAGUUUUUGAGAGUACUAAGUCUGGAUCCAUCUCAACCUGACACAUGGCCAUUAAAGUUUAGCAGAUAUGUGCUGUCAAUUUUUGCAAGAGUUGCGUUACUGGAGCUUGCAAACAAAGAAAAAUCUGAAAAACGACUUUAUGCAACUCAAGCUUGGAACUUGUUCCUAACAUCUUUGAUCAAUGCAGUGAGCGAAAACAACAAAAAUUAUGUCAACGUUGAAUACAUGCAAGUAUUGUGUCUUUUAUUCCAAUUACUUCCAGCAAGCGACAAAAAAGAAAUCUUUUUACAAUGCUUGAGAGGAGUUACAUUACUGGCAGAAAAUAUCAUUGUAUCUCCACCACAUUGUAGUUAUUUGAUGUUGAUUUUUAAUUUCUUCAUACAUCAUUAUUCAGAACCACCAUCUGAUAUUUUAUCCACACAGGUUCAACAUAAUGUUUUAUCGUAUGACACAUCAGAGGAGAAGUACAUGCCUAUGUAUGCAGAAAGUUUUUUUGGCGAGCAUGAGAUUUUCAAAAAUAACUUGAUCAAGAGUCCUGAAGUCAUGCCAGAUAAUCCGAAUCCGUAUUUCUACGAUGUUUUUAUAGGCAAUCGAGUUAAUUUAGAUAUUGAGGCCACAAAUCUACUGCUGCAUUCAUCAGAGAAUGAUUACAUCUCGUUUUAUUACGCGUUUAUGAAGCUCACAACGAAUAUACUAGCAGAAGUUAGUGAUCAGAGUUGCGAUCAGUUAGUUCAUGUUUUGGGUACACGAAACACAUUCUUGCGUAUGUGGGAGAUGUUGAAAAAAUUACCUGUACCAGCAACAACAUUAUUAGCAAUAAAGGAUUUCACGGAGCUUUCAGUGGAUCAGGAACCCUACUUACAGUAUCUCAAAUGGAUGCCAUAUUUGCAGCUUUUAAAAGAAGAUAUAGCUACUAUUAAUAUUGCACAUUCUAAUGAUAUCUCUGAAGAGGACAAAGCAAAAGAACUAAAUAAUAUUUCAAAUGUAAUGCCGAGUGUUUCCGAAGAUCCGAAUACUGUUAUUCGUUUCUGCUCUGACUUGAUAACACUUGUCACAAAACUCUUCAGUUGCGAGAAUGCUCUGCAUUUUACCCCAUACAUGGUUGCAGAUGGGUUGGUUAUGUUCUUGUGGUUGUUAAUUAAAAAGUAUGUACUGGAACAGAAGGAGAAAAUCACCAAUGGAGAAGGGCUGAAAACACUUCUCCUUGAUAUCAUUUACUUGUUGCAAGUUGAAGUCGAAAAGUCAAAAGAGCUAAUAAUCAAGCAAGCAACAUUUGACGAGGGGGAUUUAUCUGAAGAGCAGUUUGAAUUUUACAUGGAUAUUGUUGGGAUUGAUUUGCCUGAACCAGAAACUGGACUGAAUAGUUCACACGAAACCACUAAUGGUCUUAUAAAGGUUUUACCAGUUGGUUUUAAGGAAGCCAUGAAGAAAUGGAAUCAGCUUGAAGCUAAAACAAAUUCCGCUUUUAUACCCUUAUUAUUUCAUGAAUUAACAAUAUAUGCUGGUAAAAAGAAUGCACACAUCGCAGAGAUGAUUACAGCUGGUAUAAGCAAUGUUGUUUCUUCCCAUCUGGAUAUCACUUGUAAUGAGCCACCAUUUAUAACAUAUGCAGCUUCGUUAAAACGUUCUAUCCGAACCUUGGCUGAUAUCUGUGCUGAGUUACUACCAUGGAUGCAAGAAAAUUUUCAGACAGAGUUUGAAAAUUUGAAAGCGGUUGGAAAAUCAACCUUUUGUUUAUUCUGGGUAGAUCAUGUUGCCUCCCAUAUCUCAAACCAUUCUGAAAUGUUGACGUUAUUAUGUUGUGACCAACCGGGUCAGGAUAAACUAGAAAUUGUUGUCUUUAUACGAAUGCUAGAGGUUAUUGAUAAAUGGAUGGUUAGGGAAAUUGUGGAUGGAAGCGUGGUUCAAGAAGAAGUGUUGAUAAGUUGGAUGCAGUUCAUGGGACGGUUAAUUGAUCAUACAAAAACGGUUGUCAUCUUUCUUCAAUAUUUUAAACAACAUGAGGACAGUUUCUAUAAGAUCUUUAAAUCUGCAGUUGAAGACUCCUUCUCAGAAGAAUACCUUGUUGCUUAUGUCAACCUGUUCACUAAACUUUUUAAUUUAAAUGAAAAAAACGCAGACCAAAAUCUCAAACUAUGUUUGUUGAAGCUCUUUAAAGAAAGUGAAGCUGUGCAAAUUACUUGGAUUCAAAAGUUAAUUUUACUGAAAAAAGCACCAGCAGAGGGAUGUGCUCUAGUAAGAAUGUUCAUCAACUUCGGAAUACAGAACAGUGCGUCAUUGGAGAAGAUGUUGUCUUGCCUCUUUAAUUUUUGCUUACAUGUUGUGAACAAAAUAACAAGCCAAGAUGAAACGUCAAUAACAUUGAAGUUUUCGUUUUCAAAUUUUUUCGAUGUUAUUGUGACAACGGCUACAGCUUGUGGUGAACUAGGCCAUCUUAAUUUACUGGAGAAUGCACUACAAUGGGUCAUCAUACACAAUGAUACUUGGUUAAAACAUAUCAGUACCGAAACAGCAUUUUCUAAUCAUAUCAGAGAAUGCUGUAAUGCGAUCACUCUAUAUAUUACAAAGGUUGUUUCUACCCUAUCUAAUGAAACACAAAGUGCAUUAAAAGACACCAUGCUUGAAAAAGAUGCUUUCGAUCUGACAAAUUUUUCUGAUGUAUUGAAUGACACGCAUGAAGAUGAAGAUACAAAUGAUGAAGAAUCUGAUGAUGAUACUUCAGGUAAAGUCUGUACAUUCACAAUCACACAAAGAGACUACAUGAAUCAACACUGGUAUCAUUGCCACACAUGCAAGAUGAGUGAUGGUGUGGGGUGUUGUACAGUGUGUGCAAAGGUUUGUCAUAAAGGUCACGAUGUCACAUAUUCUAAGCAUGGUUCCUUUUUUUGUGAUUGUGGUGCUAAAGAAGAUGGCAGUUGUAAGGCAAUGGCAAAAAAGUCCUCUGGAUCUGACCUGUCAAAUAAAUCAUCGAAAAAUUUGUCGCCAUUUACAGCUUGGGGUGAACUUACAAGCAAACCUUCAAAAAAAUCUGGCGGGACUGCUCAAUCAUCAAAACAUGAACCAGUGUCUGUUAACAACCUUGGAGAAGAUAUUUUCCUCCUAAGGAAAGUUUUAAAGGAUGCAAAAGGUGAUGUUCUGAAACUUUUGAAAAAGAGUUACAUCUCUGAUAUACUCUUAAAACUACUGUCAGCUGCAAAUAGUGCAUUUAACCGUGAAGUGGAAAAACAGAAAGAAAAAUGUAGAACCGUGAAAGAAGAUUUGAAUCACAAAAUGCAGUUGCUUUACACACAGGACAAAGAAUGUUUGAUCAGUGAUGCCUUAAUGAGUGCCGUAUCUGGUUCUCAAGAAGGAGCAUUUGAGAAUAUUAAACUAAAUUAUGGUGGUGAUCAAGGCCAGACAUUACGUCAAUUAAUGUUGGCUCAUGCUGUCCAUCACAAAGCCAUGUGUUUAAUUGCAUCACCCCGUGGCAGACGACAACACCUAGCAGUUGCACACGAGAAGGGAAAAGUCACAAUUCUACAAUUAUCCGGGUUACUUAAGCAACCAGAAGUUAACCAAAAAAAGAUGACUCUAAAUCGUCUAUCAUCCACCAUAAUGCCAUUUACUGUAUUGCAUAUGGCUAGCAAUCCAAUGAAUGAUGAUUUUCUGGCAGUCACAGGACUGAAGGAUUGUCAUAUCUUGAUCCUUGGCCAUUCUGGAUCUAGUUUAAAUCAUCUGGCACUUUCUUCUAAACUUGAUACUGGAAAUUUUAUAAUCAAACCAAUUUGGGUUCCAGGCUCUCAAACACAACUGGCACUAUUAACAGCUGAUUUUGUAAAGGUGUAUGACUUGUCAGUUAGUGAAAAAGAACCAACACAUCAUUUUGUGCUCCCCAGUGGCAAGGCUCGAGACGCUACCUUUAUUCAAACAGAUACUAACGUGAUUAUAUCUAUUAUGUCAUCACAAGGAUACAUUUACACAGAGGUUUUGAACGAGGCAAGUAGCUCAGGUCCCUUUUACAUGAUGAAUGUUGUUGCAGUGAAUCAUCCAGAUUUAGAAGAUUCUGGACAAGAGUUAGUUAAUGGUGGUGGUGUAUCGGUGUAUUAUUCCCACCUUAUGAAACUGAUGUUCUUUAGUUACAAUAAAGGAAAAACAUUUGCUGGCGUUCUUGACAAAACUGUGUCAACAUUCACAAAGAUAUUUGCUAUCAAAACAUCAAUCACAUCUUCUUCACCGUUAAUUCAAUGGUGUGAGGUGCCUGGUCAACUUGGAUUGAUACAUUGUAUUCAUCAGAACUCUGGCAAUGUUGUGGUGCUGGCUAUUAAAACUGAUAAAAUACUUAUGCAAGAAAUCAAAAGCCCGUCUAAAUCUUCUAAAGUUCAAAGUGCUGUUUGCUGUCACCAUUCUUCAAUAGAAGCCAAACCUAACACUGUGAACUAUCGAACAACACUUAUUGUGUUGUUAGAUGAUGGCAGCUUGCGUAUUUACAAUACAAAACAGGACCAAGUACAAUUUGCACAACAGUCAACCUACUUUCCUAUCAAACCUAGGUUAACCACAGAAAUCGUGCAGAAGAAAGAAACAGCUGCAAAGCAACAUGGUAAAGUUACUAAAAGAAACAGCAGUACGAAGUUCCCAAUAGAUUUUUUUGAGCACUGCCAUCCAACAAACGAUGUUGAAUUUGGUGGGGUGGAUGUGUUACAUGUAUAUAAUACAAACCAAGUAAAAACGCGAUUAAAUGCUGCUGGUAUGUACAUAGCCAACACAAAGCCAUCAGGAUUUAAACUCGAAAUCGUGCUCACAUCAACAUCAAAUGUUAUGGUAGGCAUGAGAAUUCAAGUUGGUGUUCAAUCAAUGGAACGAUCCCCUCAGUAUGUGGAGUUUCUAGGACGUCUUGUACAUAUGAGAAUGGCAAAGAAUCGUUGGUUUGAUAUCCCAUUUACACGUGAAGAAUCAAUCUUAAUGUCUGAGAAAAAUAAACUAACAGUAACCUUUGGACCAUCGUCAGACCCUUACGGCCUGAGUAUUGUUGAUUCAGUUAAAAUUUACACAAAAUCAAAAGAGGCUUUUGGAUUUCCUGACGAAGUUGGUGAAGCACCAUCUAGUGUACCAGAAACCACUAGUUCAAGUGCAACAGUCGUAAAUGUGGAACAAAAAAGACCAUGCUCUUAUUCUGAAAUAUUGCUUACAUCCUUGCUGUCUGCAAUCAACAGGUGUUUACCUGUGCUUGAGUUAAAAGACAACCCUAUUAUAUUCUCAUCAUUGUUAUCGGUAUCCGCUAACUUAUUGACAACAGAGCCACAGUUUUGUGGACAGCCCACCAUUGUUAGCUACCAAAUGCUUCAGCUUUUACGUCAUUUAUAUGCUGAGGAUACCAAAUUUUACUACAAAAAGGAUGAGAUACGGAUUUCAUAUAUGUUGAAUCUUUUCCAAAAUGCAAGCAAUGAAGCUAAAGCAAACCAACAAGUCAUUGAUAUUGAAAUGUUUGCAUUGGUGCUAAAUAUUGCACAAUCAGUUGGUAAUGAUCGACCAGAGAAUUUUGUGAAAUUUGUGGAAGAUGCUUAUUCGCUUCCUGUAUUUGCAGAGAAAUUAAUUGAAACAUUUUGGACACUUCAUGCAGCAUUCACUGCAGAAUCAAAUUCAGUUAUAGCUAAAAGAGAUAUGACACAACUUAGUCAUCUUGUGGAGAUGGUUGUCGAAAUAUUGUUUGCCGUUAUGUUGGGAAAUUCAGAGCAAAUCAACAGCAUGGCUAAAUUUAUUAUUGGUCUGCUUGUUGUAAAGGAUCAAUGUGUAAGCUUUGCUGCAAAACAAGGAUUAAUCAAUGCCCUUCAAUCAAGACAGAAAGUGACAAAGCUAGAUGAAAAACCAAGUGCCAUAACUAAAGAAGAGAAGAAGGAUAACAAGGAAGAAGAACAAGCCACUACACCUGUUCCUGAAACUUCACCUGAAGAGCAAGUUGAGCAGCAGCAUGUAGCUGUUAUUGAAGAUGCAAACAAUGACAACAUUGGGGACGAGGAAGAGGAUGACGAUGGCAUUGUAAUCGAGGAAAGUGACAUUGUAAAUAACGAGAAUUUACAGAUGUUGUUAGAUGAUGAUAAUGCUAUGAUGGAGAUUGCAUUGGCUCUUAGUUUACAAAACCAAAAUGGUGAAAAUGUUGGCGAUACUGAGCAUGAAUUAGAACAAAUGCCAUUAGUUUCAGGAGAAGAAGCGGAGGAAGAAGGUGAUGAUGAAGAAGAGUUUGAAGAAGAACUUGAGGAUGAGUUUACUACAGAUCAAGAUGAACCACAAGAAAUACAGCCUGAUGAAGUGGAUGAAGGGGAUGCUGAGCUAUCAGAUGUUGGUCAAGAAUCUUUUUCAGAAUCACCACGUUUUAUUGAAACAUCGCAGCUAAUCAAUUCAACAGAUAAACAAGAUAAAUCGUUUACAAUAUUGUGGGGUCGUUUGCUUGAAAUGUUUAAAGACAAAAUAGUUGAUCUACUAGAGUUGGAUGGUUUACAAGCUAUUCCUCUCCUACAGGUGUUGUUGACACUUUGCUUGAAUCUUACCGAUUCAACAGAGGACAAAGAGGUUUUGCGAGGUGUUGUGGCAGCAUGUGUACAACCUCUUGAAAUUCAGAGACAGGAUCACAAAAAUGUUGCUGAACGAAAUGCUAAAAGUGAAGUGAAGCUGGUUUUGAUGAGAUUUUUAAGUGUUCUAAUGUCUCGCUGUAGUGCCAACAAGCAGACAUCUGGAACAGAAGAGAAUAAGCUAGGCGAGGUAAAAUCAUUUGAUGCUCAUGUUGCUCAGUUGUUGUGUGAGUUUGGUUUGAUUGAUCAUUGUUUACAUCUUUUAAAAAGUCUGCAUCUGUAUUGGCAAAAUGUAAAAACAUUGGAGAAUGAGCCAACCAGCACUCCCGAGUCACUACAUUUGUUAAAAAUAAAACCAUCAUUUCCAACGCCAGAUAUGAUGCCAUUUUUUAUGGAGCAGUAUGUUAAGAGUCAUGCAUUAGAUCUGUUUGAAGCAUUUCCACAAUUAGUGACCGAAAUGAUUCUUAGAGUCCCUUAUCAGAUCCAUAAAUUGAUGGAUUCAUCUGCAGAGGAAAAGUAUUUCAGUAAAGACUGGACAUAUAUUUUAUGUGAGUACAUGCUUACUCCACAUACUCCAUUUGUACGAAGACAAGUUCGAAAGCUAUUGCUUGCCUUGUGUGGUUCAAAAGAGAAAUAUCGUUAUGUUAAAGACCUACACAACCUUCGUUCACAUCUGUCAAAUCUAAGGGAGUUACUUCAAUUAUCUGGAAUUACUUUGGAUGAUCUACCCAGUAGAAAUGUAUUGCUGACGUACGAAGAAACAGUGUCAUUGACUGAGAAUAUUAAUGGUUGUAUUGAUAUCGCUGCAUCAAGAAAUGAUAAUUGGCAAUCCUUUUGUAAGAAAGAGAAAGCUAUCCUGCCCUUCUUGGUACAAGCAAGCUAUCAAGUAAACGACCAUGUAUCCGCGAAAAUUAUUGAGUUGAUUAUUCUGGCAUUGACAAGUCAUUCAACCAAGAAACAUGAGAAAUCUGAGAAGAAAGAAAAACAGAAAACAUUUGCAGUAGAAUUGAUACAGCAUGUAUUUUCCCGAUGUUUUGGUCCAAUCUUGGUAUCUUUUAUGAAACAUUUCUUAUUGGAAUCAAACUCAACACAGCUAAGAUGGAGAGUUCACGAUCUCAUCCACACAAUUUACUUAAACAUCAAGCCAGAGCAACAAUCUCAGCUAAUCGAGCAAAUGUGGAAUUUAUGGGAAAGUCUUCCAAGUUAUGGUCAUAGGGCGUCACAAUUUAUUGAUCUGUUUGGGUUUUUCAUACUGAAAACAUCACAUAACUCCCUCACUGACAAGAUUAAGGAUUUUGCGUCAGGUGUGAUGUCUAUGUUAAAAGAAGGAAACAAUAUGUUGAUGAAGCAUCCAAAUGCUAGCUUAUACAGAAAGUUGCAAAGCUAUGUGGAAUUGGAUGGGUAUUAUUUGGAAAGUGAUCCUUGUGUGAUAUGUAACAAUCCGGAAGUUGCAUUUAAUAACUACAAAUUAUCCUCAUUGAAGUCAGAUGUUAGAUAUACCACAAAAUCACAGAUCAUCAAGUUGUCAGCAAAUCACGCCAUUUCGAAAUUCAAUUUAAAAAUAUCAGAUAUUAAAAGGGCUAAAAUGGUUAAAACAAUCAAUUUAUUUUAUAACAACAAACCUGUUCCAUCAGUUGUUGAAUUAAAGAAUAAGUCUGGCAUAUGGCAAAAAGCAAAGAAAAUAACUUUAACUCAAGGUCAAACUGAAGUCAAGGUGGAAUUGGCUUUUCCUAUUACAGCAUACAAUCUAAUGAUCGAGUUUGCUGAAUUUUACGACAAUGCCCAAUUUUCUUCAGAAACACUCCAAUGUCCAAGGUGCAGCGCUAGUGUUCCUGCACAUCCUGGUGUGUGUAGCAAUUGUGGUGAAAAUGUCUACCAAUGUCAUAAAUGCAGGGCAAUCAAUUAUGAUGAACGAGACCCAUUUCUUUGCACUUCUUGUGGAUUUUGCAAGUAUGCGAAGUUUGAAUUCACGUUGAAUUCGCAUCCAUGCACAUCAGUUGAAGCCAUUAAUAAUGAGGAAGACAGAGGCAAGGCAUUGAAGGCGGUCAACAAUGCUUUAGAUAAAGCAGAUCAGUAUUAUCAACAACUUUCAGGACAUCGUCAUGCAUUGGAGUCAUUAUUAAAGUCUGCAUAUAAUCAGAAUACUGGAAAUGGAAAGAAAGCAGUUGGUUCCACUAGUAGCAUGGUAUGGAAUAUUUCUUCCCUGACAGGCAAUGCCAACUCUCAAACGACGUCAUCAUCAGCUAUAGCAAUGUCAUCAAUCAAUCAAUCAAUUCAGGGCGUGGCACAGCGAUAUUGUGUUGACUGUAAGACAGCAUUUGAAGAAAUGAGCAAAGUCACUCAAACGGUUAUUGCAACACGUAAGGAACUUGCGCAAUAUGAUGUGAAGCAACAAGAAACAUUAUCACAAGCAUUAUAUGCAAGCCCAGAUUUUGUAGCAUCACCAUCAAGUUCUAUUGGUCAACCAUCAUUCCAUCGUUUACCAUCAUUUAGUGGAGUUACAGAGAUUUCUCCCUUGGCUCAGGACAUAGAACGAGCUCCCACUGGAAUAAGCAAAUGCUAUGGGUGUGCGUUAUCAACAGUUCAUCACUGUUUGACUUUGCUGAGAGCUUUCUCCACUAUUGAACUUACUCAUGAGUAUUUGCUAAAAGAGGGAUUGUUGCAAGAACUGAUUGAGCACAACUUGCAGCAGAGACAACCAGAUGUUGUUUUACUUGCUCAAACUUUGUUGAUCAAGCUUACUUCAGAAAACAAAGCUGCAAAUGCAGAAUUGAACUCGAUUAUAUGCAAUCGCAUCACAUUGUGUUUAUCUACCCAAGCUGCAAACAUGGUGUCGGAAAUUUCAUUAGACAGUGAACUGUCAGUGUUGAGGGAAUCUAUUGCAUGUGGUGAUAAUCUGUGGGAAGAAAGAUUUAGAUGUGUAUUCAAGUUAUUUCUCGAUUCACUUCAACAUACAAGUCCAGACGUAAUGGAAGCUGUUACAUUGCCUUGCUUAGAUAUCAUUAAUUCAUGCAUGAAGACGAAACAAAAAGAAAACAGAAAGGUGAUAACUGUGAACAAACCGACUUUAUCUCCACCACCUGUGAGCGCCUUAAAAUGGCUGCAAGAAAGUGCAAGCAAUUCGUUUGAAGCAUGGAAAAUGACGUCACAUGUCAACGACGUAGAACUUAGGAAAAGUUACCUGAUGAAGAAAUAUGGUAUGACGUGGCUUUAUAAUGCAGGUCUUAGAAAGAAACAACCAGUGGCAUCAGUACGAAGUGUGUUUGCUAUGAAUGGAUGGUUGCGUUUGUUGUUGUUCAUGCCAUCGUCGAGAGCUAUGAGACAGAUUGUCUGUACAGUGUUGGAAACACUAGCCGAGUCUUCAGAAAAGAAGAGAAUGAUUUUACACUUGCUGAUGAGUUAUCUAAAUGAAUUGCAUACCUCUGGUGAAAACGCUGCCGAAUUUAUCAGUCUCGUGAAAAAGAUGUUGAAAAGCAGUGAAGGAAAAGUUUACAUGUGUCGGUUCGGUAUACUUGAUACACUGUGCGAUUUGUUGAGCAAGGAGGUGGACUAUCUAUCUUCACUAGAGAGUUCAACAAUAAAUUUUGAUUUGGCACAGGGAUACGCCCUAAAUGCUUUUGCUGAGUUGUUGAAAUCAUUUUUGGAGGAUGAAGAAGUAAAAGUUUUGUAUCGUGGAAGAUUUAUCGCGGAAGUGUUGCAAUGUUAUCUUGCAUUGAGAAAACUGGUUGUUCAACGAACUAAACUGGUGGAUGAAACUCAAGAAAUUCUUCUAGCUUUACUACGUCAAUUGACAUCAGGAACGGAAGAAUCUGCGUUUAUGAAGACAUGUGUGGACACGUUAAAAAAAUGUCCUGUCAACGACAUCAGAACGCCUGUGUUUAUAUUUGAACAACUAUGCAAUGCUAUUCACAAGGAAGAAGAAGAAACAAGCGAGUUCUUUUUAUCACUUGAAAAAGAUCCUCAACAAGAAGACUUUUUGCAAGGAAGAAUGCAAGGCAAUCCUUACAGCUCAAAAGAAAGCGGUUUGGGCCCGUUGAUGAGAGAUCUGAAGAACAAGAUUUGUACAGAGUGUGAACUGGUAGCUCUUCUAGAAGACGAUACUGGCAUGGAAUUGUUAGUGAAUAACAAAAUUAUUAGUCUCGAUUUACCAGUCGAUCAAGUGUAUCGCAAAAUAUGGUGCAGUGGUAAAAACGAUAGCAAAGAACCGAUGAAAGUCAUAUAUCGAAUGAGAGGACUGUUAGGUGAUGCUACUGAAGAUAUGAUUGAAAGCUUGAACUCUGAUAAAGAAGAAGAUGUUGAUGAAGAACAUGAGUACCAAACAGCUGGCAUUAUGGUAGAAAUUGGUGGUUUGGAAGUUGUGCUCAAACGUUUAUCCUUCAUCCGAGAUUUAUCUCGUGCACAGCAACUUAUGUCUGUUAUUCUCAAACUUCUCGAGUACUGCGUGAAAGUGAAAGUAAAUCGUCAAUACUUAAAUCAGCCAUCAGUGAACGCGAUGAAGAUUAUGUUAGCUACUUUGAACCUUGCAUUACGACUUGAACGUGACCAUGGUUCUACCAGUGGUGGUGCGAUGAUUGCUGAACGCGUGCUGAAAAUUAUGGAGAUAAUAUUACAUGAAGCAACAACUGAAGCUGAGAUUAAGCAGGUUGUUGUGCUACCUGGGGAAGAAUCACAGCUUGAACUUUUACUAAACCACAUUUCCAGUCCAUACGUUCGCUCCAAUCCGAAUGUGUUACAAGCGAUGAUGCGACUGACCCCAUUCUUGACAUUUGGAAGUGAAAACACCAUGCAUAUGUUGAUUGAUCAUUUUAUGCCAUUUUUUGAUUUCGAAAGUUUUGAUCGUGAAAAGUCUCCGGACGCCAUUUUACAUUUGGAUUGCUUUUCAAUGAUUGCUAGCGGAAUUUCAGACAGUGCAAGCGGUUCAAAGUUGAAAGAUUUAAUACUCACCAAAGGCAUGGUUUCAAAAGCUUUGCAAUAUUUGCAUUCACUGGCACCUCCUAAGUCGUUCAGAGCGUCUGGCAUACUGGACAGUGCAAAGUGGAAAGAUUUUGUCGCCAAACCUUCGUUACCUUACAUACUUCGUGUACUUACUGGUCUCAUCAAUGCACAUCCAGGAACACAGGCUAUUUUGGUGACUGAUGAAAAUGUUGGGCUGUUACAUCAUCUCGAGCAAGUUUCUUCAGAAGAAAUGGUUGGCUCACUAGCAGAAAAUCUCAUGGAAGCUUUACGUGUUUUUCCUGCAGGAAAGAAAAAGGUUGCUGAAGUGCGUCGUCAGACAAGAAACGAGAAAAAAAUGCUAGCCAUGGCUAUGAGACAGAAGCAGUUAGAAUCUUUGGGCAUGGAAGUGAACAGCAGCGGAUUUAUCAAAGCCAAACUAACGUCGGCAACAAAAGAAAUGGAGGAUUUACUUGAGGAGAAGGAACAACGUAUGGUGUGUUCCAUAUGUAGAGAAGGCUACAAAUUUUAUCCAAACAAAGUGUUGGGAAUUUACACAUACACAUCACGCUGUGUCCUAGAUCAAUUUGAAAAUAAACCAAAGAGAACACAAGGUUACACAACUGUGUCGCAUUUCAACGUCAUUCAUUUCGAUUGUCAUUUGGAAGCCGUGCGACAUGCUAGAUCACGUGAUGAAUGGGAGAGUGCUGCUUUACAGAAUGGAAACACGAAAUGCAACGGACUUUUACCGUUAUGGGGACCUGAGGUUUCGGAGUCUUCAUUUGCAAGCUGUUUAGCCAGACACAACAACUACGUGCAAGAAUCUACAGGGUUUCGUGAACCAACAUUCCACUCCACCGUUCAUGAUAUUCGCCUGAUGCUACUUCGAUUUGCCCAUCAACGCUCGUUCAGUAAAGAAACAGGUGGUGGAGGGAAGCAUAGCAACAUGUAUCUGUUACCCUACAUGAUUCAUAUCGCUCUUUAUGUGCUUAACACGACGCGUCAACGAUUAAGUGAAGAACAACUCUUCAAAUCUUUCCUUGAUGCUGACGUAAACACGUGGAUUGCUUCAUGUUAUGAUAUCAACGGACCAUUAUUCUCAAGCGUGUUGAGUCUUUUCAUUGUACCGCUCAGCGAAUGGAAGUCUGCAAGGAUAGUGUAUUUGAAAAGAUUGUUGUUAUUGGCACACGUUCGAAAUCUUUCAUCUGUCCCUAUGAACAAGCUGGUGAACACAGAGAUUAAAGAAUAUUCAGUGUACAAGCCUGUCUUGAUGUUUUUUUUCUUGAUCGACCAACUUCAUCAGCUAUGCAAGGGUAAACUUUCAGCGGGAGAGGAGGACUGGGCACAAGCUAUGUCAACAUUCUUGCGUAAUAAUGAUGACGUCAUCCUCAAGGAGGCUGAUAAGAUUCUUAAAACAUUCGAUGAAGAUGUGGCUUCAUGUGAAUCGUUUACAGAAUUUUGCGAUGUCGCUGAUUUGCUAGGAGAUAUUCCCGAUGGUACAAAGUUCAUCAAUGAUUUGCUGGCUCCGUAUAGUGCAGAGGGAAACGAAGUUUUUUGUUAAUGUUUCUUAAAUUCUUACAAUUUUAUGAGUAAAUUUAAAUUUUUUUGUUUUGUACAACUGUAUUUUUCAAUGUUGAUUUAAGUUUUACGAAUGCUAUUUGAAAUGAAGUGCGCAUUCUUUUAAAAAUCUUCCAUAUAGAUAAAGAUGAAAAGAGUGACAACACUUUUUUAGAAACUCUUUCCUAGCUGCUUACUCUCGGGUCCCCAGUAGUAGAAAGAGGACACUUUCCGAAAAAUAACUAGCAGUGGAUGAAGUUGGAGGGGCUGUGGUGGACUCGAAACACUUAAAAUCUUUAAAAUCAACAACAUUUUGAUUGGUUCAAAUAUAACAUAAUAUACUUAAACAGUAACAAGUAAGAUUAUAAGCGUUUAUUAAACCUAAUCGCUUCAUUUUAUGUUAGAAAAUAAAGUUAACGAUAGGUAAUCAAAAAACUAAGAUUGUACUGGAAAAAUCAAUAGUAGGAGUGUGUGAAAUGAGAUUGUAGUUCUAGUUGGAAAAAAAAUUACUGGUUCGGGGGAGCACUAUUGGAGACUUUAGAGUACGUGCUCCUCAAGUUUAUUUUCUUAAUUUUUAGUAAGAAUGUUAUUGUAAUAGUUUCUCUUUAGAGUAAUUAAAUUUGUGUUUGUUGA